CACUCCGUCGCGUGGAUUCGAUCUUACGACGGCUGGUCUUCUCCCCUUGCAGCACGGAGGCUUCUGCGGUUUAACCAUCAGCGCCACCAAAUCCCUCCUUGUUCUUCCUAAAUUGAUUCAAAAUCUAUUAAGUGACUUCCAGGUGGUCCACCCAGAAUCUUGUCCAGGCAAGACUGUAUACAGAGAAGAUUAUGAAGACAGUUUCUGAUCCGAUGGAACCAGUGAGAGUGUGUGUGUAGGAAACAGCUUUUGCAAUCCAGCCUGCAUUUCCAAGGACCAGUAAAGAGCAGAAUUAUGUGGAGAAGCCCGUGAUGUCACUGGGGGGGAGAGAGACAACUUUAUAAUAGGUGAGGAAAAGGUAGGAGUAAAAGGCGCAAAGGACACAGAACACAGAUGGGAAAGAAGAAAUCCACGAAGCUGCUGGUGAGCAUGAACAUGUCAUACGCAACGUCAGAAAACUCGUAUUUGAGAAGAGGGGGAUGAAAUGUUCCAACUUACUGCAGACUUCUUAUAGGGGAGAAACCACAUAAACCCAUGGCUUGCAGAAGGGAUGCCAGUGUGAGCAGUAGCCAAAGAACGGAGACAGAGGAGAAACCCUAUAAUUGUAGUGAGUGCGGGAAGAGCUUCGGUCUGAACAGUCAGCUCUCGGUGCACAAAAGAACCCACACAGGGGAGAAACCUUACAAAUGCAUGGAAUGCGGGAAGAGUUUCCAGCAAAGCAGUAACCUCUCUUCCCACCUGCGCAUCCACACUGGCGAGAAACCCUACAAAUGUCCAGAAUGUGGGAAGAGCUUCCACUGUAGAGGGUCGUUUACUAAACACCAGAGAACCCACACGGGAGAGAAACCAUAUCAGUGCACAGAGUGUGGGAAGCGAUUCAGUGAAAGCUGCAAUCUUACCCUGCAUGAGCGAACCCACACUGGAGAGAAGCCCUAUACGUGCCUGGAAUGUGGGAAAAGCUUCAGCAACAGCGCAGCCUGUGCCAACCAUCAAAGAACCCACACGGGGGAGAAACCCUACAAAUGCAUGGAAUGCGGGAAGAGCUUCAGCGUGAGCCUUUACCUCACUCGUCAUGAAAGGACCCACACAGGAGAGAAACCAUACAAAUGUGUGGAGUGUGGGAAGAGCUUUAACAGGAAUGAUAAGCUGACAUCGCACAGAAGGACCCACACGGGGGAGAAACCCUAUAAAUGCACGGAGUGUGGGCAGGGUUUCAGUCAGAGGAGUUCCCUCGCAUGUCACCAGAGGACCCACACGGGGGAGAAACCCUACAAAUGUCUGAAAUGUGGGAAGAGCUUCCGUCAGAACGUAACGCUCCAUUCCCACGAAAGAAUACACACAGGGGAGAAACCCUAUAAAUGUCCAGAGUGCGGGAAAAGCUUCACAAACAGCGGCGCUUACACCAGCCACCAGCGAACGCACACGAGGGAGAAACUGUACAAGUGCCUGGAAUGCGGGAAGAGCUUCAGUGUGAGCAGCAUGCUCAUUCGGCAUAAAAGGACCCACACGGGGGAGAAACCCUAUCGGUGUUUGGAGUGUGGGAAGAGCUUCAGUCAAAGCAACUCUCUCUCCUCCCAUCAAAGGAUCCACACGGGGGAGAAGCCGUACAAAUGCGUGCAGUGUGGAAAGAGCUUCACGGACAGUAGGACACGGAGUAAACACCAGAGAAUCCAUAAAGGGCAGAAACCCACAUAAAUAUCUGGGCUGAGUAAGGAGCUUCUGAGUGAAAAAGAAAGGAAUUAAAAUGCACGGAAUGUGGAGAGUACCCCAGUGGUGGCAAAACAUUGACUAAAUAUCACAUGACUGGCAGAAGUGUCGCUUAUUAAGUUGCUCUCGUUAUUUCUCUCUUUUUUGCGUGCAUGUAUGAAAAUUCAAGAAUAUGUAUAUAAUGCACGUAUACAUGUUCCCCUCCUGCAUUUAAAGGGAGACAAAAUGAUGUAUGUGUGAUAAAUUCAAAAAUGGCGUGAUCCUUGUACAUAAUGGGGCAAUCCUUUUAUGAGACCAGUGGUUCCCAACCUUGGGUGCCCAGAUGUUCUUCCACUGCAGAAAUCCUGGCCA